AUGCGCGCCGUCGUGCGCGUACCGCUGAUCAACGAUCCGUCGGAGUGCGUGGAGAUAGACCUAGAUGAUCUCCCGCGUGAUGCGGAGGAGGUCGCGACGGCGUUGCAGGCGGAGUUGGCGCCGUUGGAGACGUGGAUCGAGGUGUGCGAGCGCUACCUGAGAAACGGCGACGAAGGCGCGUUCGAGUCGUUGAUGACCAUGCUGUGCGGUCCGGAGAUUGAGACGCACUACGCGCACGAUCCGCACGGACGAUCGUCGAUUCUCGUGCUGUACGCGAGCCACUGGACGAAUAAGGGUGGGACGGCGACGGACAAAAUCGCGGCGGAGGAGGCGUUCAUUCGAGCGAAUCAGCUCUUACAGCAGGCGAUGGGGAUUCAUCGCAAACCCGAGCAGAGUGUGGUGUUGGGGAAGGCGCACUUGGCAUUCGCGAGAGGUGAGGUGGUGGAGGGAGAGAAGCUCGUCGAUCAGGCGCUCGGGUUAAAAGAUGACGGAUUCGAUAACAUCACGCCCAUGCUCUGGAAGGCGUCUCUGUUGUACAAAAAGGGCAAGUACUCCGACGCGUUGACGUGGUACAGGCGUGCGCUUCGAGCGUUCCCGAGCGCUCCGGCACCGGUGCGCCUCGGCAUCGGUGCAUGUCAGUACAAGCUGCGCGAUUUCAAGACGGCAAAGCUCGCGUUUGCGCGCGUGCUCAAGCUCGACGAAUGCAACGUGGAGGCCAUGUUGGGUUUGGCGUUGUGCGAGCUCAGUCUGCACGACAUUCGCAGUCAACAGCACUUGGACUCCGUCGGAACGGCGAUGCGACUCUUAGAGCGCGCGUUUUCACUCGAUCCGCAUAACCAAGCGGUGAACAAUGCAAUCGCCGACAACUUGCUCAUGAGUGAAGAAUACGACAAGGUCGAAGCGCUCACGCGCGCAGCGAUUCAAAACAACGGCGAGAGCGCUAGAAACCGUGCCAAGGCCGCGUUCAAUCAAGCCCGCGCUUUACACGCCAGAGGCGCGAUCCCACAGGCGAAGGCACUGUACGGAGCGGCGACGCAAUUGGAUGAGAGUUAUGUUCCUCCGUACUUUGGGUUGGGUCAAAUUGCUCUCGCAGCGCACGACGUGAAGACAGCUUGGUCGCACAUGAAUAAGGCGCACAAAGAAUUUGGCGAGUCGAUCACGGUGACUAGAAUGUUCGCGCACUUGUGCGCGUCGACCGGUAAGAGCGAGCAGGCGGCUGAAAUGUUCCGCGAAGUCGUCAAGCAAGGUGGAAGCGACCUUGAGGCGAUGUUGGAGCUCGGAGAACUGUUAGAAGAAGAGGAUCCGAAGGGAUCGCUCAAGGCUUAUCGCGCCGCUCUUAAGAUUUUAGACGCACGCGGUGAAGAUGGACCCCUCACCGCGAUUCAUAACAAUAUUGGGGUGAUGAGCAGUCAGCUGGGCAAGUUUGAUGAAGCGCGUGAGGCGUUCACCAAGGCUCUAGAGUCGCUGGGUGGCGACUCGGAUCAGCUCGCUGGUAAGCUCAAGGGAGCCAAUGCGAAGAAGGUGCUGCCGCCGGGCGUAGCAUCCAUCGCUUUCAACCUGGCCUUGUUGGAGGAAAACCAAGGUGAUAACGCUGCCGCGGAGACGCGUUACAACGCGCUCCUCAUGGCACAGCCAGACUAUAUCGAUUCCAUCUUGCGGCAAGCGAAGAUUCGUGCUGAGCGUGGUGACUAUGAUCUCGCACUUGAGCGCACGAACGAGGCGAUAGCUGCCAAGAGCGAUAGCGCCGACGCCGUCGCGCUCGCUGGCUGGAUUUUGCUCAAAGCUCGACGAUGGAGUGAAGCCGAGCAACAGUUUGCGACGUUGCGCAACUUGCCGAAGCAGAACGUGGCGCCCAAUGUGAAGGAAAAGACGUUGACGCACGAUGAAUACGCCAUGGUGAGCGCGGCGAACGCGGCGUAUUACAGUGCCCUGAAGGAGGGCAUCGUCAGACGAAGUGAUCCGAAGGUGAUGAAGCGAGAGGAGGAGCACUACGAGCGAGCGUACUCACUCUUCCAGAAGUCUUUGCAAAAGGACAACUCUAACAUCUACGCCGCGAACGGUUUGGGUAUUGUCCUCGCCGAGCGAGGCCGCAUCGACGAGGCCAAGACGGUGUUCCAACUCGUGCAGGAAGGUAUGGCUGCAAAGGGUGCCAUCAAC